UGCGUCUAGGCAUAGAUUCAACUAGUUUAAACAGAUAUUCUGGAGAUAUACCCAUUCUUCUUGCACCAUCGCCUUUAAUUGUUCUACAUUAUGAGGAUUCUGUCUAUAUACCCGUCUUUUCAAGAUUGACCAUAGAUUCUCGAUGGAAUCAAGAUCAGGAGAUUGCUGGCCAUUUGAGAAGGUGGAUGUUAUUCUGCUGAAACCACUGGCGUGAAAGAUGUGAUGUAUGAAUGGGUGCGUUAUCUUGUUGGAAGAAAAAGACACCUGGAAUGCGGUAAAAAGGUAACAUAUACCCGUUUAAAUGUUGAAUAUAUGCUUCUGAAUCGAUUCCACAUUGAGAAUUAUCAAUCUUUUCGAUAUUGGCUAAUACACCCUUUAUUCCACCGAAAAAGCAUCCCCAGAACAUGACACUUUGCCGUCCACUUCUGCGCGUUCUUCGGAUGCAUUGUCUAUGCAGUCUUUCACCUCGGCUUAUUUCAUAUUAUCAGCCGGCUUUCAGUAGGUCAGAAAGCCAACAGGAAGCCCUGGAGGGGGGAGGCAAGCAAACGAGCGACCCCCCACUAGGGCAAAACGCGCUCUUUCUGACGUAAUCCUCCGCUACUUGGAUCAGCUAAUGGGACUGGCAAUCAAUAAAGCUUUCUUUUUUGCUAUAAGCGCCAUGUCUUUUCAAUCUCUGGUCUUAUCCGAGGAUGAGUUAGGCGAAUAUGCCAACCGCUUCAACCGUGACAGCAAGCGAGUCCUUGCAGAGAUCGCCAGUAACGUACAACAAAGGGUAUAUCAGGAACUCAUGAAUGCCCCGGACCCCGACCUUGAUCCUGCCUUCCGUCUUGCACGACUCCAGGGACAGCACAAUUGGACGUUUCCAACAGGAAACCCACACCACUACGUCAUUCAUCGUGAAUGGAUCAAUCCUCAUAACAUGUAUACCUGUCGAUGCGGCGUGACUUUCUCGAUGAACUGUUCCUAUGGCGGCAUGUUAGAUCAACAACAUGCGCAGAUGAGUAAACACAUAACUACCAUGACUAAUUUGACUGAUUGGUCCCUGCUUCCCGACUAUAUCUUAUGGGGGGUACGGAAUUGGUAUGGUGAAUGUGGAUUCAAGAAGGAUUAUACGGCAGAAAAGUAUCUGAAAAUGAUGGGCACCAUGCACGCACAAAGGAUCUUGCUGAGACGUAGAGUUCAGGAAUUGGAACAAAUCGUAGGGCGGCUACAGCAGGAGACAGCAGGUACCAGAACAAGUGACGGGGAGAUUCCCAUCUCCAACACACAACUCGAUCUCCCAUCGACACAAGUAGAUAAGAUCAAACGAGAACUUUACGACUACUUGGACUCGCUCGGCAAGCAAUAUGAGGACAAGGAAGAAGCUCUGAAGAUGGCAAAACGCGAUCAGGAAGAAGCAUUCAAGGAUGCCAUGGGCAAUCUUCAGCUGUUGGAAACGACCCUCGAAGCAAAUAAAAACCCGGUAUCCUUGAAUGUUGGUGGUAUCCACUACACGGUGGCGCGAUCUACUCUAGCACCAUCCCACGAGCCAGAGUCCAUGCUGGCAUCCAUGUUUAGCGAUCGGUGGACCGCAAAGUCGCAUGCCGAUGGAACGGUAUUUAUUGACGCCGAUGGACAGAUAUUUGCCAAGAUAUUGUUCUGGCUAAGAAGACGGAGUGUCCCAGAGGGUUUAUCUGCGGGAGAAAAGGAUAUGCUUAAGAAGGAGGCCGAAUACUUUGGCAUGGUGAACUUGCUAGCCGCGAUGAAAUGA